CGCGCGAGGCAGUCCUGUGCGCGUCGCCGUGCCCGCAUUACCUGUCCGUCGAAGCCUACCGUUUGAUGCGACGCGAACCUGAGUUAAAUACACCGCGCAGCCAUGAUUUCGAUGUCAUCGUAUUAAUCCAAGUGUUUCAAUAGCUGUUUAAGUGAUGAGUUCGCAGUGAGCGUGGACUGCGCGGCAAACAACCGGUUGCGAUAGGGAGGCUGCGACUGCCUCGCGCCCGGCUGUAGUGGAAUGCGGCAAUUUUAACUACUGCGGACCUCGGGACCCAUAUACGAAUUGGGAUUGAUCGGCUACGUUCUACAAAAUAAGGUGAUGCGCCGAGGAUGAGUCGCCGCGCGCGGCCGUGACAUGGGAGCGCAGGCAUGGGCUGGCGCGCCGAGCAAACGCCGCACAUCGCCGCCGGCCUGCUCCUCUUGCUGCUAGCCAACCUGCCGGUAACCUGCCACCAGGACCACCAAGAUGCCGUUCACAUCACCGCGAUCCUCGGAGAGAGCGUCGUAUUCAACUGCCAGGUGGACUUCCCCGAAGACAUCCCCGUGCCGUACGUCUUACAGUGGGAGAAGAAGGUAGGCGAAACGGGACAGGACAUCCCGAUCUACAUCUGGUACGAGAGCUACCCCACGCACAGCGGCGAGGGAUACGAGGGCCGAGUGUCGCGCGUGGCCGCCGACUCGCCCUACGGCGCCGCCAGCCUCAACCUCACCAACAUUAGAGAGUCGGAUCAGGGUUGGUACGAGUGCAAAGUGGUGUUCCUCAACCGGUCUCCGAAUCAGCACAAGAAUGGCACCUGGUUCCACCUGGACGUGCACGCGCCGCCGCGCUUCUCCAUCACACCGGAAGAGAUUAUAUACGUCAAUUUAGGUGACGCAAUUAUUCUUAACUGCCAAGCGGAGGGUACGCCGACACCAGAGAUACUGUGGUACAAAGACGCCAACCCAGUGGAGCCUUCCGGCACAGUGGGCAUAGUCAACGACGGAACAGAGCUGCGGAUUAGCAACAUCCGGCACGAAGACAUCGGGGACUACACGUGCAUAGCAAGGAAUGGGGAGGGACAAGUGUCGCACACCGCACGGGUCAUUAUCGCAGGGGGAGCUGUCAUAACUAUGCCACCAACGAACCAAACAAAGCUCGAAGGAGAGAAAGUCCAGUUUUCAUGCGAAGCAAAGGCACUGCCCGGUAAUGUCACCGUGAAAUGGUUCCGCGAGGGUGCUCCGGUGGCCGAGGUGGCGGCGCUCGAGACCAGGGUGACCAUCCGUAGGGACGGGGCGUUGGUCAUUAACCCGGUGGCGGCGGACGACUCCGGACAGUAUCUGUGCGAGGUGUCCAACGGCAUUGGUGACCCGCAAAGUGCAUCUGCUUAUUUGAAUGUUGAAUAUCCCGCAAAGGUGACGUUUACGCCCACAGUACAAUACUUGCCGUUCCGCUUGGCAGGCGUAGUACAGUGUUACAUAAAAGCGAACCCACCUCUUCAAUAUGUCACGUGGACGAAGGACAAAAGACUGUUAGAACCUUAUCAAACGAAAGACAUAGUGAUAAUGAACAACGGAUCGCUGCUCUUUACACGCGUCAAUCAGAAUCAUCAGGGUCGGUAUACGUGCACUCCGUACAACGCUCAAGGCACGCAAGGAUCCUCAGGUCCGAUGGAAGUGUUAGUGAGGAAACCACCGGUGUUCACAGUCGAACCAGAGCCGUUAUAUCAAAGAAAAGUGGGGGAGUCAGUGGAGAUGCAUUGCGAGGCGCAAGAGGCGGAGGGCACGCAGCGGCCCAGCGUGGUGUGGCGGCGCCGCGACGGGCUGCCGCUGCAGAAGAGUCGGGUGCGCGCGCUGGGCGGGAACGUCACCAUCGACACGCUGAGAAGACAGGACUUUGGGAUAUAUCAGUGCGUCGCUUCCAACGAGGUGGCAACAAUAGUCGCGGACACGCAGCUGGUGAUCGAGGGCACACAGCCUCACGCGCCGUACAACGUGUCGGGCACCGCCACGGAGUUCCAGGUGACGCUGCGCUGGCAGCCGGGCUACGCGGGCGGGCCCGACUACAAGCAGGACUACACCAUCUGGUACCGGGAGGGCGGCUACUCGGAGUGGACCAAGGUUCCUGUCACGCCUUCUGGUGCUACUUUUGUCACAAUAAACCGUCUGCAACCGGGGACCAUGUACGAGUUUCAAGUUAACAGUAAAAAUACAAUCGGAGAAGGAAUGAUGAGCAAAGCGAUUACCAUAAGAACUCUAGAUGUAGGAGCGAAACCAAAGGUGGCUCCUACAACUGCCGGCCCCAUCGAUGAUAAAGCCUUUCCGAAAGCGCCUGAAGACUCUGGUCCGAAGUCCGGCCCGCCACGCAACCUGACGGUGACGGAGGUGCACAACGGGUUCCUCAUCACGUGGCAGGCGCCGCUGGAGCGCUCGCAGCUGGUGCAGUACUACACCAUCAAGUACCGCACCGACGCCGACUGGAAGACGCUCAACAGGGGUCAGAUCCGACCCGAGGAGACCAGCUAUUUGGUUAAGAACCUAGUGGGCGGGCGGACGUACUACUUCCGCGUGCUUGCCAACUCGGCGACCAGCUACGAGAGCUCCGAAGAGGUGAAAUUCCCGGUCCCCGCGCGAGUGAAGCACAAAGCAAUCACGGCGGGAGUCGUGGGCGGCAUAUUGUUUUUCAUUGUUGCCAUCAUACUGUCUGUAUGCGCAGUGAAGAUAUGCAAUAAGCGUAAGCGACGUAAGCAGGAGAAAGCAUACAACAUGGUAGCCGCGCGACUGACCGACCUUCGCGCCGCAGACAGCACUCAAGUGCCUUUUAAGAAAUUUAGAGAAAGCGGAAUAUCGAGUAUAGUGCAGUGUUUACGAUUCACGGCCAACUGGGUGUGGCCGGCGACGCGGUGCGGAGACGAGGCGCGGCGCUGGGGCUCGCGCGCCGCCUCGUCCGUGGGCGCCUCCAGCGCCGCCUCGCCGUCGCCCGCGCCCUCCUCGUCCGACGACGGCGGCUUCCUGCCGCGCCUGCGCGCGCCGCUGCGCCCCGCCGCCGCGCCGCCGCUGUUCCGCGCCUCGUCGCCGGCCUUCGCCCUCCACUGGCCGCCCUGGCCGUCCUGGCCCGUGUGGGCACCCGCCUGGACGCCGUGGUCGCCCCUCCACAUCUCCGACCUCAGCUCUGUUCCCUUCCCGAGCUCCGCGGACGGCUCGUUCCCGACGCCGCCGUCGUUCCGCUCGCCGCUGGAGCUGCAGCACGCGCGCGUGGGCGGCCCCUUCACGCGGCCGAGGAUGCGGCCCGCGCCGCGCCACGGCCGAGCGCGAGCCGUCGCCGAACCGCCGGCGCCGCCGCCGCACGAAGCGUCGCCCGAGAGCCGCUCGUCCUCCAGCGGCUUUGGCAGCAAGAACGCGUCGUCGCAGCACAACCGCAGCAGCCGCACCGGCAGCCUGGCGGAGUGGCGGCCGCCGCCCUAUCGACCGCCGCCGCCUGCGCCGCCGCCGCGGCCCGGCUCGGGUGAAGCGGUGGACGCGGGCUCGGUGGACGUGCACUACGAGUGGGACCGCGCCACGCGCACGCCCACGCCGUCCACGCCGGAGCGGCCGCGCGCACGCGCCUCCCGCGACGACGUGGAGGCGCGCGUGAGGGCCAUGAAGGAGGAGUUCCUGGAGUUCCGCAAACGGCAGGCGCUGCGCCGGCGCUCGCCGGAGCCGCCGCUGUCGCCGCUGGCCACGCUGUGUCCGCUGGCGGCCGCCGAGACCGUCUGCUGACCGCCGACUCGAAUUCGUCCGAUUUUGCUUAUUCGAUCCCCCACCGAAAGUUCUAUUACGACUGUAAAAAAUAUCCAAAUACCCGUUUCUUUGCGACCUCCGCCUCGCUCGAUUUCAUGCGAUCGUCCGCUGAAAAGAAUUAGUAAUUUUCCGCGAGAAACCUAGGGAGGGAACCUAGCUUCUCUAGCGCGACGAUGUCCGUUAUUAUUGUACCGAAUGAUAGGUAAAUGUCUCGUUUCAUCAGAGUCAACGAUGGGCUACGGUGAUUGUGGUUUUAUUAUUUCUCAUUUGUUAUCUAUUUAUUAUAAACGAGAAUAACUUCCCUACGUUAAUUUUCUAAGUCAAUUUAUAAAAGACUAAGACGCGUAGGUUGUAUGUAUAUUUGUAAUUAUUAUCUAUUCAUUUAGGUAGAUUUUAAAAAGGUUUUCGAGGCGUAGCCAUGUUUUAUAAUUUCAGAAGCAGUGGCCAUCGUUGCCUCGUUUCUCGAACAUAUGUUGCGUUCCCUGAUCACUGUGACCUAGUGUCAACAUCCCACCUUCGUCGCCAGUCUCGACUGACUGCGUGCUGUAUUGUAAUAAGAAAUUAGACACGUUUUCAGUCACACAACGAUCUGACUGAAAUAGUAAUAAAUGUACAUAACGUGUAAAUGUGGAUGCAGUGGCGUUUUGUGAUCGCACUGGCUGCUUUCCAAUUUAAUAUUAAUGUCAAUUAACGAUUCGAUGUAAAUGCACAACGUUUUUGAUUUCCAUUUGAUUGUGAUAUUAAUUUGAAUGAUUACAUACGAGCAUCGUGUCGACAACUGCGAAGUUGAACUUGAUUUUUUAAUAACGUUGAAUGUGCCAUAAUAUCUUGGAUCAGCCGAGACGCGCGGCUGGUGCGCUGGUACUGCGGCGGCAGUGCGGCGGCGGUGCGGCGAGCAGGCAGUGCGAGAAUACGUUCACCUAAACGCUUUAGGUAUGAGCGGGGACGCAUCCACUACACCGCUCAUACCAAUAUUAUAUGUAGUUAAUAUUAAAAAAAAAUUAAGUACGUACAAUUUAAAAUAGUAGUAAGACUUCACGCGUUCGGCACGCGCUGUUCCUAUAGCUAUCUGUUUACCUACGAGUUGGAGAGCGCAAUUAGGUACAGACGGUUGUAAAUAAUACUUCUCUUUAUCAUCCUGUGAUUAGGUUCUGAUAUCGUUAAUCGAGAAUCUUACAUUACAAUAAUUGUUGUUCUUAAAAACUAACACGCCUUUAAAUAAUAAUUAUUAUUACUCCUGGAGCGUCACAUAUUCUUACCUACCUAUAUCCAGAAAUAUAAGAUCGAUCAACAAAAAAAAUUGUAUAGUCUAUUUAAUUCUGAAAUGGUCAGCUUUAAUACACUUCAGCCUAAGCUGACGAAUAAACUAUCAGUGAGUGACGGAUACCUGUCUAACGACGAUACCUUACUAAAUGUACCCACAUGUUAAACUAGGAAGGUAUAGCUUGGCAAAUCCGUUCGUAAUGCACGCCAUGACGAUCAAUUAUUCUCACGUUUCUGCAGCGCCCACGACUAUAACUGAUCGUUUAUGGUCACUGCUUUUAUGACGACUCGACUUAUGAAACGUCUUCGCUGCCGUUUGCGCUGCAGAAACGUGAGAAUAAUUGACCGUCAAUGGCUGACUUAACACUCCCGAUGGUCCGUUGGGGCCGCCCGCAUAUCAUGGGAGUGUCAUCAACGUACUUGUUAAACUAUUAUAUGAAGGAAACCCUACAAACUUUAACUCCCCUAAAAAUCACUACCUAUCACUCUACAUCGAGCAGUGCUCGCUUGGAAUUCGAGAUUUAACCGAAGAGGUAUUUUUUACAAGAGCUCUUAGUCUACCAAAAUAUCGUGCUGUCUACAAAGAAUACUUAGGUAAUAUAAGGUGAGGUGCCGAAGGCGUGAAUUCAUAUUAUAUACAACACAAAUAAUCUUAGUUAGACUUAGAGUUAAUAUAAGGUCGAACAGAACCGAUAUACUGUUGCAUGUUUUAAUGGAUAUUUUUUUCCAAGUACAAAUUUUUAUUUUAUUCGUUAUAAUGUAUAACUUUGUUUGAUUUUUUAACUGUACAUAUGUAAAAACAUACCUAUUAGAUAUUAUAUUAUACACUUAUUUAUUUAGGUAUUGUUGUAUGAACGAGGUUCUGAUGAACUGAGCCAGUACUUGUGAGGCACUAGCGUAAUUUUAUUUAGACUUAUCAUUAAAGUAACAUCUUACACUAAUUAUACUGAAUGUAACCAAGUGGCACAACGCUAUAAGAAAGGUGCUCAAAACAAAUUAUGCAUAUUCUGACCAAUCCAAUCUCGUAUCAAUAAGUUUGCCAGUAAUAAUGAUUUUCGUGAUGUCUAAAAACGUUCUAGUUUGUUGUUUUUAUAUUUUCUUUUAAGAAAUCGUUUUUUAGGAAAUACAUAGCACGACCACUCGGUUCCUUAAGCGAUCCCACCUGAAAACCUAAAAUAUUAUUUAUUGAUCAGUCAACGCGAAGACUGUAAAUUAGUUUUAUUAGGAUUAUUUACAAAAUAAACUAAACGCUAAUAUUCCUUGCAUGCAUGAUUUUUUACACAAUUUUGUACUUAAGUAUAUUAAAACUUUUCAUUUUGGAACAUGUUUCGAAAACUCAAUAUCGUUAAGAACCUCCUAAGAAAUAAGGAUAAAAUGUACGCUUUAAAGAAAUUGAAAUAAUUUACUCAUAACAUAGAUAGGUAGGUUAAUAAGGUGUAGUGUGUAUGUUGGUGCGAGGAGAGCAUGUAUCCGACCGUGCGGAUGCGGUGCGCAAUGCGGACAUCCGCCGCGCACGUCACAUCCGCGACUGACGUCCGCAUCCGCAAAUCAACAAUUUCAAGAGCGCUUCGCCGCAGUCACCAAUCUGCAAUGUUCCUUUUUUAAACUUCUCUUGCAAACAGUUUUUUUUUUAAAUAAUCUUUAACGGAAUACAUAAGUACCUAGGUAUCCCGAUGAAAUGGUCAAGGUUUUGCUUGAUGAUAAGGCGAAUUUGUUCUAUCAGUACAAACUUGAUAUUUACGUCAGUAAAAAAAUACUGAUUUUACUGCAUAGAUUUAUUGUCAUCCACGUCCCAAGAUCCUUGUAAGUGUAAAGUAUCGAAUAAAAUAUUUUUCGUAGUAUACUUAGGUAAUUAUGUAACCGUUAAUGAUUAUUAUAAUAAAGUCUUUUUUCUUACCACGAAGAUACAUUACAUGAUUUUACAGAAAUGGUCAUAACAGCAGAAAUUACGUACGCGGCACAUUGCAUUACGCACCGCACCACACAUCUACUGUAUAGUGUUAGAAGAGGGUACUUCCAACUGAGCGGAGCGACAACGCACAGGAAUAUUAGCCAAUCAAAUCAUUGUGAGACAACGUCAUGAUUUUAUAACGUCAGCUAUCGAUGGUUUGAUUGGUCUAUUCCUGCCUUGUAUUUGUAUGAUAUUGAAACUUUAUUUAUGCAGGCCUAACGUUUCGAAGAUGUUCAAACGUUAGGAAAAUGACAAAAUUGGGAUACCGUGACGCAAUGGUCUAUGGUGUUGUAUUUUAAAUAUCAUACGGAACAAUUGCUCUACUUUUCGUAUCCGCUCCGAAUCGUACCCUCGAGUUUAGCCCACUGUAGGGACCUGUUUCCCAUACAAGUCUACGGACAGUUGGACACGACCGCUUUGACAUUUUUAUUGAAUAAAAUAAAAACAAAUUCAAUAAAUUAGUGGUUAUAAUUUGAAUAAGUUUUAUCAAACAAUAUGAACUUGCAUUACAUAGAUUCAUAGAAAGUAAAUAGUACGUAUUUUAAUAACAACGCCAUAUACUCAAUGCAAUGUAAGCUUUCAAUGAAAAUUACCUUACUUACCUAGUCCUUCAUACAAUACGAGGAUUGCAACUAAAUAUGAAGUAUUUAUUUUGGGAAACAAAGCCCAAAAUCGAAAGUUUUUAAAUCAUGUGUGAAAUGAGACUCGUGGGCAACGGGUCCCAACAGUGGGUGUAAGCCCAGCGUCAUCACUCAGGUCACUGCCGGCAACAUUAGAUUAAGCUGCGAUAAAUCGACACAGUAGGUAAAUUUUGUUCAAUUGUUUUUCAACAAUGCAUGUUUUCUAGGUAAACCGCCUAGCGUUACAAUUAGCUCGUUAGUAUCAACUGUUUGUGCAAUAAAUUAAUCCAUUGUUCAUUAUAAUUAUAUGUUUAAAAUGUUAUAUAUUAUGCUCAAUGAUUUCGACUGACCAAUUGUAAAAUUAUUCGCGUUGCGAUGAAAUAACAAACUGUGUUAGAUAUGCCGAAGUACGACAUAGCUGCACAACACGUACUAAAAGUUCGAGAAUAGAGAUUUUUUCACACUUUCGCCUUCCUACCUAUUUAAUUCUAAAAUUUUAAAUAUUUGUUUAUAUUUUCAUGUACAAUAUUAUAUAGAAUCCGACCUAUUAAUAUUAUAUAGCGUAUGUUUAUUAUUUUAAUUUAAAUAUUUAAGUUUUAUUAACGUUUAAUACUAUUAUUGCAAGCGUUAUUUUCUCUGUUGCUAGUCUAAAUUAGUUGUUAAUGUAAGUUUCGUAACACAGACAAACUUUACAUUUUUUCUUAAUUUUUCCCUCAAAACUUCUCUGUAGGAACAAAAAUGUUAACAAAAGUAUGAAUCGAUAUAGCUCAAACCAUGUGAUAUUUAGUCUCCAUUAACUUUUCCGUAAUUGUAUUAAAAUAUACCUAAUUGCCUACAUAUUGAUCAUAUCUAGGUAUUUCUCUGUUUAACAGUUGCGUGUUAAUAUUUUUUUAUAUCUUGAGUAUGAAUUUAUCAGACAGUCUCUUUCGAGAAAGAAAUCAAGACUUUUGCUUUUUAUACAUUUUCCUCUUUAGCAUUGUUUCAAAAUUAAAUAUUGGAAAAAUAAUCGAAAUACGAACAUAUUUUAUAAAUAAAUAGAGCACAACAAGUCGGUUGACAUUUUCUAUAGACUAAAAUGAAAAAGAUAGCAAUAUAUUAGAUUAAUAUAAUAAACUUUAUCGUAUAUAUAUCAGUUUGUAUAAAGAAAUGUAUGAGUAAAGUUAACGUGCACAUUGGCAAACGAUGAAGUGAAACAGGGGCACCCAAUGUUAAAGUCUUAAGGCAUAAUGCACAAUAUCUCAGCACAAUAAAUGAUAAUAUUUUUUUCAAAAUUCAAGGUGUAGGUACUACACCCGUAGCACUUUUAAAGUUAUUCCAGCGAACCCAUAAUAAUUCCUACGUACUUAAGUAAUUCGCCUUGGUGGAAGCCAUUGCACGAGCCACAGUUUUUUAACGAACGACCCAUUCAUUUUGUUUUAGAAUAUUUUUAGUUGUAAGUGUUGAGAUCAGUGUUUACUGUGUAAGCACACAAACGAUUCAAUUCAAAAAAUAAAAAAUACAAUAACGUUGCUAUGA